CCUCUUGGUUUAUUUUACUUCAUAAUACAAUAAUUUAGUUAGGUAACUUAGUAGAUGUGUAUAAUAUUUAAGCUAUAUAAUGAAAAUAGACAGCAAGCCCCUUCGUUACGCUCACGCUGAAGGUCAUACUGAUGUUUGUUAUACCGAAGAUGGACAACACAUAAUAACAUGUGGGCACGAUGGAGAUGUGAGGAUAUGGGUGGACAUAGAGGAUGACGAUCCGAAUUCACACUGUGUGGGUGAGAGUGCACUGGCUGUGUGUUUUAAAGACAAGAGGUUGUAUGUGGCAACUGACAAUCAUGCUGUGCAGGCUUACACGUUCCCCGCAUUCGACAAGGAUGGUAUUGUUACAAGGUUUACUGCUCCAGUCACACAGAUUAUGUCCAGUAGUAAAAUUGAGGCUUUGGGUUGCACUUCGGAAAAUAUGGAAGCGAGAAUUUGCAAUCUGGAGGGGGGUGCUCCCCUGUUUGUGAUGUCGGAACACAAGGGACCAGUUCUAAGCACAUCUAUAUGCCCUCGCAUGAAGUAUGCAAGCACAGCCUGUGGAGAUGGAGUGAUGAGAGUAUGGGAUAUUGAUACACAGAAAAUUGUGAAAGAGAUUACCUGUGUACCUAAGAUUAAUACUUUUUAUGCUGCUAAGGUUUUAUGUAGAAUGGACUUUGAACCAUCAGAAGGAAAAUAUUUGGCUUAUCCAUCCAACAAAGAGAUCAUUUUACUAGAUUCUGAGAGCUGGGGGCAGAGAAUGACCUUUACACAUAGUUUGAUAAAAUGUGCUAUAUCCCAAUGUCUGUUCUCUCCAUGUGGACAAUAUUUGGCUGGAAGCACGGUGGCUGGGCAGAUUGCAGUGUGGGAAGUCCAAUCUGGCACUUGUAUGGGAAUCAUUGAGCAUCCCACUUCACAUAACGUCUCUGCUAUGGCUUGGAAUCCUAAAGGCAAUGGAGUUCUUGCGUACUGUGAUGUGGCAGGGCAAUUAGGCACUCUAGUAAACUGCUACGGCAAAGACAGUGGCAAAUUUGGCGCCGAUUCUAACGACAUUGAGAUGGUCGAGAGGACUGAUGACAAUGACGAUUUAGUUGACAACUUAAUAGAGAACUACGAAAGCGACGACGAUAACGCGAUAUCGUUGGAGAAGAUCAAGAAUGAGACGCUAGGACUGAUAACUGAACAGGAAGACUCCAGGCCUCCGUCCCGUCACGCUACGCCAGCAGUUACUACUGUACCGCCGCAGCCGCCAUUCCAGCCGUCUGCCACCCCUUUACAUCUCGAACACAGAUACAUGUGCUGGAACGACAUCGGCAUAGUUCGUUGCCACACUGCGGAGAACGGCGAAUCUAGUAUUGAUGUGGAGUUCCACGACACGAACCUGCACCACGGCAUUCAUUUGAACAAUUACUUGAACCACACUAUGGCCAGUUUGUCGUCGAGUGUGCUGGCGUUAGCGUGCGAGACCCCAAGCAAAUUGGUAUGCAUAUCUCUGGUGGGUAGCAGUAAGGAAUGGAGUGUAUCGAUGCCAGAUACAGAAGAGAUCCUAUGUGUGUGCGCAUCCAGUGGAGUAGUGGCCUGCGCGACUAACGCCCGCUUACUAAGACUCUUUACACCUAUGGGGACUCAGAGACAGGUUAUAUCGCUUGCCGGACCAGUGGUGACCUUAGCAGGAUACAACACAACAAUCUUGGCUGCCUACCACAGGUCAGACCCUGGAGUUUCUGACCAACACCUCGCCAUGGACAUCAUAGCACUCAACGGUCGCCAAGUUCGCAGUAAGACCGUUCCUGUCCCAUUGACUCCCGGAUCAAAACUAUCCUGGAUCGGAACUUCAGACGCCGGGUCGCCCUGUGCUUACGACAAUACAGGCAUUUUGAGACUAUAUGACAUAUCCAGCGGGGUAUGGAUACCUAUCUGUGACGCCGGCACCCAUUCCCGUGGCGCUUCCGAUACCUGGUUCAUUGUUUCUGUAUGUGAACUCACGCAGAAGGUCCGUGCUAUUCUAUGCAGAGGUUCAUCAUUCCCACUGACAGUCCCUAAGCCGAUUGUUGCGGAACUGUCGAUACAGAUACCUCUCUGCGAGUUGGACUCGGAGAAGGGACAGUAUGAAGAGCAGCUGGUGCGCUGGGCACACACCACCUCCGAGGUCGAUGUCAAGACUGCAAGGGAAACUGCACUCAAAUUGUUUGCUCUCGCCUGCAGAAGCGAAAUAGAACAAAGAGCUCUUGAACUAAUGGAGCUGUUGAAGGACGAGCGUCUACUACCUCUGGCCGCCAAGUACGCGUCAAGGCUUGGCCGAAUGCACUUGGCGGAGAAACUGACUAACUUGGCAGAUUCUUGGGAGAGAGAUGACAGACUGAACGUGGCACAAAACUCGCAUUUCGCAGAGUUAGAUACUCAAGAGACGUAUGACGUCACUAAUACUGAACAGGACUUGAAUUCGAGUCUCAUUAUACCACAGAAAGCUAAGGAGAAAAAGGAGAGUGUUAAUGCUAUUAAGCCUGUGCCUAUAAAAUCGUCACCGGGCGGCGCGCGCAACCCGUUCAAGAAACAACAAGAAGCAGUCAAGAAUGUACAGAGCCCGCUCAGUUUGACUGACAGGACACUCGUGGAGGUACAUUCCACAGAAGAAAAUAACGACCCAAUGAAACCAGUGGAAGGCGAAACGUUUAUGGACUGGUUCGCGCGUAACAAGACAACCCUAGAGCAAGAAAACCCAGAACUUACUCCUUCUGAACUCACCAAGCACGGCGUAAGAGCAUUCAAGGCUCUACAGACUAAAAACGUGCCUAAAGACGACACUAAUAAAGCUAAAAAUGGUACACCAGAGACCAAUAAAAGGAAGUUAGAUGAGGUGAAUGGUGACACUCCCGUCUCUAGCGCUCCUAAACAGUCCAAGUUGAGUGCUUUCGCUUUUGCAAAGAAAUCGUAGUAUGGACAGGUAAGUGGGUACCUAGGCUCGUAUAUUUGAAUUGUACGUCCCCAACUCACGUGCGAAAAUGUAUAUAAUAUACCUGUCUCAUCUUACAAAUGACAAGGUCUGAUAUGCUACGUGAAAUGGGUAUAUACUUUCGCAUGCGAAUCGACAACGCAUGAUUAAAAAAUACGGCGCCAAGCUCAAGGCACACAGGGGUAUAAGUUAUUUGCCAUCCCAUUUCUGUGUAUAAAACUCGGCUAUCACUAAAUAAUCCGUCUCUGGAUCGCUUGGAGGGCCUCUUGUGUGUGCAGUGAUCUUCUAAAAAAGUUGUAUCUAACGUGGAUUUUAAAGAAAGACCAAUGUUGAUCGUUUUGUACUAUUUAUCAUGAUUAAGUUAGUUGUACAUAGUAAAUAAGUAAACAUUUUACAAAAUAAACUGUCUUCUUAACAAUAUAAAGGUUUAUGUUUUACGCGUUGACCGUCUCUGCCUCAUCGGGGGGCGGGAACACUCCUUCUUUGAACAUACGUUGCCACUCGCUGCCACGCGGAUAACCAAAUUUUUCAAUCGUUCCCGGCAAAAAUUGUGUGCUGUAGCCCGGUAGCUGCAAUAGAAGAAUAGUAGCCGUAGGUUAUUGUAGACGAAGACAGAUCUAUAUAAUGAAAAUCGUUCAAAACUGCGAUCGUUCGAUCGAACAAGUCAUUAUAAUAUCAUUCGUCGUCCCAAAAAGGUCAGAAUUUCAUAAAAUUCCAAACGCGGAUGUGGUGCGGCAUUCAUUGAAGAACUUUCCAGGCUACGGUCACCAGAAGCAGUAUAGACGGCGUUGUACAGCUUUAAAGUGAUAAUUACCUAUUUUCUCGUCGAUCUCUGCAAUGCAUCAUACCUAUGCCCGCGCGCUGUGAAGUCUACCUACCAAUGUUAAUGUUACAUUUUGUUGCGAUGAUUGUUGGCAUUCUAUUGCUUAUUACUUAAUAUUAUUUAUAUUCUUAGCUGCUAUAAAUGAGAACGUACUGUACUCUCAUAUUACCAUCUACAUUCAUAUAAAUUGUCGCUGUGUGAUAUAGGUUGGCUGUGUGGGUAUUAUUAAUACUCCAUUCCUGAUUGAUAAUGCCAACAUAGUUAACUUUUCAAAAUAGUUCUCAAUGUAUGUGUCAUAAAUUUCCGUAUGGCUUUAU